UUAUUUGACCAUUUAGAGUAAAAUAAAGCAAAACUGAAAUGAUGAAAACACUUUGCCCACAACUUUCUGCUUCGUUUUAACAAACAGAACUUUAACCUCGUUUCAGUUUCCAACAGAAAAUAGAAAAUGUAGAAAAUGUUUUGGAACCAGAACAGAGGCGAGUUAAAAACCAGGGUCAAAGGUCGCGCUGCGCCUCAUUACGCAUCGUUUGCAGCAGCAGGGUUCAAAGGUUGCACGCAUUAAGCAGGAACGCCGUGGAAGCGUUUGGCGUUCCUGCAGACGUUCAGUCAAGAUGGCGAGAGGCUUUUCCUGUCAAGCAUAUGCGCGCUUCCUCCCUGAAUCCUGCGGCUUUGAUGGAGCUCAGAAAGAUCCCGUCUCAUCCGUCAAGGCGGGAGGAGACGGCGAGUCAGCGGGGGGGCGAGCUGCAGAACAGAAGUCGGGUUUCGCCACCGUACCGAACGCUGGUUUUAUUGACGUGGGAAGGAAGACUCGGGGAACGAGCUGCUCUCAUUCUUGCGUGUCGAGUCCGUCUGCUGGCGCCCAAAUCCACAACAGUUCUGGAUUUUGAGAAAUACGGGGGCAGCUGGCGUUCCCACAGCCGGGCAGGAAUUAACGCGCUGCAACCCUAUCUGCUCUGCACCUGGGCGGCGGCGGCCCGACCUGCACCUUUGACUACGCCGUUGACAGGAAACAUGUGCUGCCAGCUCACAGCAGAGCCGUCCUGCGUUCUCGGUUAUUGGUGGAUCAAAGUUUGUUCAGUUGGAAAAAUGGGAAACAGAUCCCCGUGGGGUCCGGCUGUUGGACCUUCCCACCCGGACUCGGUUCCAGCCAAUCAGGUGCUGAUGUGUCCAAACAGGAGAUGGGCUGUGCGGACAGAUGGCGGGCUGACCUGGAAAACCUGCCCCCGUUUCAGGGUUCAGCGGCCGGCAGAUGACAGUCAGGACGCAUCGCCCGGCCCGCGGACGGCUCUAAUCGCAUCGACAGGUGACACGUAUGUGGGAACCAGAAGAUGAUGGGGAGACGAGUCGGAUCAUGUGACCUGCGCCUCACAUGCCUCCUCCGUGGGCCUAAAACGAGGAUGUGGGACAUCUGGAAGCAGUCAGGAGUCCCCUCACGGACGUUUCUCUGGGCGCUGGAGUCAAACCAGGAGGUAGAAAACGUUCUCUCUGCUGACUUCAGGAGAUCCAAGGGACAAGAGAAUAAAAUGAAAUUAAAUUAUAAUUGUUUGUCCACUAAGAAGCUUUUCUCUGCAGCAAAUGUCUUACAAAGUCCAAAAAAGCAAACUGCAGCAUAAACGUCACAUCAUGUUCUAUUUAAAACAUCUAAUGAAGGAAUUAUGAAAGGAACCAAAGAAUCUGGAUUAUUGACUUUUUAUAUAUUUAUUUAAAUUUUUCUGUAAAUCAUUUAUGGUGUUACAGAUGCCUUUUAUUCUGCUAAGUCAGCAGUUUGUUGCUGAUGAAACUUUUAUCAAUGUGAGAAUUUUCAAAUUAAAGCUUUAGAUGCUCCAACACGUUGCAUUUUAUUACUAAUUAACAUUUAACAAAUUAUUACAUUAAACUUAUAGAUAAAAUCUGUUUCCAAGCUGAUUUUUGCUGGUAAAGUGAGAUGGUAAUAAAUGUAGCAUGUCUUUAGAAAUCAGAUUUAUUAGCUUAUCAUAUAUAUUUGUGUAAAACAUGCUAAUUAUACUAUUUGAAACAGAAUUAAAGGGUUAUUCUGGAACUCUUUGUCAUAAUGUGAAUUGUUUUCAUUAAAAUUAGCAGAAUUAUUCAAUUUUCUCGUUGUUUUUGAAGCUUGCAGGUCGUGUUUCUCACGGAUCUCAGUGGAACGGCGAGUUCAGCACACCUGCUGCUGCAUUCAGGUCUUUUAUUUAGUGGAAAGGUAUGUGUGUUCUCGCCCCCCUGUGGCCUCCAGCACCUGAUAUUUACCCCGGUCAGGAGGCUGACCCGCCCCCAACCCUCCUGCAGGGAYAUCGGCUCAGUCACAAACCGCCUCCAAUCACAUGAGAUGACUUCCUGUUUUUAAGAGUUUUACUAAAUAUAAAACCCAAUGCAUAGAAAGGAACAAGAAAUUAGGACUAAACUACACCUAAUUCCAUUUUAUCCUCAUGUUUUUGCAUUUUUCGGCAGCCAGGCAGAACGGACCGAUCCGGACUGGAUGAGAAACAGUCAAAUAUUUUGGCUUUUCUUAGUUUGACACCAGAACCGUUUCUGUAGUUUAGUCAGACAGCUUUUUGAAAAAAAGACACGUUGUACUUUCAGAUAAAUACGUACUAUUUGAAAUUUUGUCUCAUUUUUAAAGGACCACCAUUGUAUUUAUUCUUUAGAAUUUAAAAUAAACAUCAAAUUUUGCCAAAUAUGUGAAUGGAAAGUGAACCUGCGUUUGGCUAAAAACAAAAAAGAAACAGCUUUUCUUCUAAAUUUACAUAGUAUAAAGUUAAGAUAGUUUGAGGAAGGUCCAAAGAGCCACUUAAAUCAGUAAAGAGGUAAAAUGUUAGUUCUACAAUACAUUUGAGUUAAUAUUUAUCUGAAAUGAUAAGGUUUGUUUCUUUAAAAGUUGAGUGGACAGACUAAAACGUUUAUCUUUAGGUUGUGAAGUUUGCAGACCCCUGGCCUGAUACUAAAUAUUUUUAAUGUAGAUUCUAGUAUAAAUAUCUCAGUAAACUUAAAAUAAGACUGA